UGAGAUCACGGCGUGAAACCCGGAGAUCCUGGGGAAUCCAGCACCCCCCCCCCCCAGCGUGAGUGGGGUCCCAGCGUGAGAUCACGGCGUGAGAUUUGGAGAUAUUGGUGAAUCCAGGUCCCCCCCACCGGCGUGAGUGGGGUCCCAGCGUGAGAUCUCAGCGUGAGAUCCGGAGAUAUUGGUGAAUCCAGGUCCCCCCUCCAGCGUGAGUGGGGUCCCAGCGUGAGAUCUCAGCGUGAGAUCCGGAGAUAUUGGUGAAUCCAGGUCCCCCUCACCGGCGUGAGUGGGGUCUCAAGGUGAGAUCUCAGCGUGAGGACCCAUCCAGGCGUGAGGUUCCAGUGUGCGGAGGAGCCGCGCGCUCCGGCAUCAAGGGGACAGAUGGGUUGUGAGCACGGAAACAAAGAGCAGCCUCAGAGGUGGCAGCAGGAAGUUGGAGUCGACAUCCGUACGUGGGACAUUGUCAAGGCCACUCAGUAUGGUUUGCUGGAGCGAUGUCGCGAGCUCGUGGAGGCCGGGAAAGACGUGCGGGAGCCGGACGCCGAGGGCAUCUCCCUGCUUCACUGGGCCGCCAUCAACAACCGCAUAGACGUGGCCAAGUUUUACCUGUCGAAAGGAGCUGUUGUGAACCAGUUUGCGGGGGUUUUGAAUGCCACGCCAAUGCACUGGGCUGUCAGGCAGGGGCAUCUGGAGAUGGCGGUAUUGCUCAUGUCCUUUGGUGGAGACCCUGGCCUGUGGGACGACGAGGGCGGCUCGUGCCUGCACACAGCCGCGCAGUUCGACCAUCCUCACAUCAUUGCCUAUCUGCUCGCAAAGGGCCAGGACAUUGAUCUGCUUGACAAGCACGGGCGGACACCGAUCAUGUUGGCGGCACUUCGCACUCAGGGCCCGGAGCCGACGCGCAUGCUGGUGCAGUGCGGAGCGUCCCUGGGGCGCGUGGACCAGCUGCACGGCAACUCGGUGCUGCACUACGCCGUGCAGGGCGGCGCGGGGAUGCCCACACAGGUGCUGCUCGAUGCCGGAGCUCCGAUCGACAUCGUCAACAAAGAGGGUGAAACGCCGUUGGCGAUGGCCGUACGGAUGAAGGCCUCUUUCGUGGCCCGGCUGCUGGUGGAGGGGCGCAAGACACGAGGCCUCCACGGAUCGCGCCUUAUGUACGCACUCAAGUCCCGCAAGAGUCUCGGCACGGUGCUGGUGUGGCUCCUUGCUGGGCUGUCGUUCGGGCUGGUGGGCGGCGUGCUGACGUUGAAUUCUGAAUCAUGGCUGCUGAAAGGCACCCUGCUGUCUGCCGUGUGGGGUUCCAGUGCCUUAGUCACAAGGUUCCUGUUUUUCCAGGAAAGCCAGAAGGUAGCGCAGCUUGCUGCCUUCUCGUCCACCAUGCUGUGGACGCACUUCACGUGGUUCUUUUGGCUGUGGCCUCACGUGGGUGGCGCUUGGUCCCAGCCGCUGGCCGUGAUUGUGAGCGGAGCGGCAUUUUACUGCCUCGCGAAGGUGGCACGCCCUCCACCCGGCAUCGCCAGGAACCAGCAGGAGCAGAGACAGACGAUCAUCAAAAUGGCUGAGGCUGGAACAUUCACGGCGUCCACGUAUUGCAUCAUUUGCCUGGCACCCAGGCCCCCCUUCUCCAAGCACUGCCCCAUGUGUGGCAGAUGCAUCGAGGGCUACGACAGCCACUGUUGGUGGAUCGGAAACUGUGUUGGUGCAAAGAAUUGGAGGCACUUCUUUGGCUUGAUGCUGUCUUCACUGGCAUGGUUGACAUGGCUCCUCUGGGGAUGCGUCUUUUUCUGGAAUGCAGAGUGUGGGGGUUGGGGCCCCUCAGGGCCGGACGGCACGUGGAGCCGAGUGUCGCGCAUCGCCACCUGCUCCCCGUGGGUCACCUGGACCGCCUUCAACGUAGCCUUCCACAUCAUGUGGUUGAUGAUUGCGCUGAGCACGCAGCUCUACCAGAUAUUUGUUCUGAGGAUGACGGUAGAAGAGUACGUCAGUAAAAAGAGCUGCCACCAUGAGCACGGGACGCAUCCCCACAUGCCACCGCUUCACAAAAACAAAGAAAAAUGAAAGUGCUCACUCAGCCAUCGUCGUCCGGCUGUUCUGUGUGAAUGUUCACGUGGUGGCCUUCGAGGGUCCUCGGUGAAGAGACCUAAAUCUUUCUGCCUGGAAGAAGUCGGUACCAGGAUGUUGAGUUGGAAAUGUUACUUUACAAAAUUACCAAUGUAAUGAUUUUGUUUUUAUUGUUGGUAAUUUAAUGUCUAUAAUGGGCUCAUAAAUCUGCUAGGUGGCUUAUGAAUUGAGAGUUAUGUAAUUGCCUUGGGUUUUUGUAUCUUGUUAAUUAAAACUGAAAAUCAUUA